CAGGGGGCAGGCGCCACCAUGGAAGCUCGCGGGGCCGCCUGAGCCGCUGGCGGGCUUCUGAGGCUGGGGAGACGGUGCGCGGCCGGCGCUGCCCGCCGCGGAUACGCAGGCCUCCGCCAUGUCGGUGCUGGGCGAGUACGAGCGACAUUGCGAUUCCAUCAACUCGGACUUUGGAAGCGAGUCCGGGGGUGGCGGGGACUCGGGCCCGGGGCCCAGCGCCGGCCCGGGGCCGCGAGCCGGCGGCGCGGCGGAGCAGGAGGAGCUGCACUACAUCCCCAUCCGCGUCCUGGGCCGCGGCGCCUUCGGGGAGGCCACGCUGUACCGCCGCACCGAGGAUGACUCCCUGGUGGUGUGGAAGGAAGUCGAUUUGACCCGACUCUCUGAGAAGGAGCGUCGGGAUGCCUUGAAUGAGAUUGUCAUUCUGGCGCUGCUGCAGCAUGACAACAUCAUCGCCUACUACAAUCACUUCAUGGACAACACCACCCUGCUCAUCGAGCUGGAGUACUGUAACGGAGGGAACCUGUAUGACAAAAUCCUUCGUCAGAAGGACAAGUUGUUCGAGGAAGAGAUGGUGGUGUGGUACCUUUUUCAGAUUGUUUCAGCAGUGAGCUGUAUCCAUAAAGCUGGAAUCCUCCAUAGAGAUAUAAAGACAUUAAAUAUUUUUCUGACCAAGGCAAACCUGAUAAAACUUGGAGACUAUGGCCUAGCAAAGAAACUUAAUUCUGAGUAUUCCAUGGCUGAGACACUCGUGGGCACUCCAUAUUACAUGUCUCCAGAGCUCUGCCAAGGAGUAAAGUACAAUUUCAAGUCUGAUAUCUGGGCAGUUGGCUGCGUCAUUUUUGAACUACUUACUCUAAAGAGAACAUUUGAUGCGACAAACCCACUCAACCUGUGUGUGAAGAUUGUACAGGGAAUCCGGGCCAUGGAAGUUGACUCUAGUCAGUAUUCUUUGGAACUGAUCCAGUUGGUCCACGCAUGCCUUGACCAGGAUCCUGAGCAGAGACCCACUGCAGAUGAACUUCUGGACCUUCCCCUUCUCAGGAAACGCAGGAGAGAGAUGGAAGAAAAAGUCAUUCUGCUUAAUGCACCUACAAAGAGGCCAAGGUCAAGCACCGUGACUGAAGCCCCCAUUGCUGUAGUAACAUCACGAACCAGUGAAGUCUAUGUUUGGGGUGGCGGAAAAUCUACACCCCAGAAGUUGGACGUCAUCAAGAGUGGUUGUAGUGCCCGACAGGUGUGCGCAGGGAAUACCCACUUUGCUGUGGUCACCGUGGAGAAGGAACUGUACACAUGGGUGAACAUGCAAGGGGGCACAAAACUCCACGGUCAGCUAGGACAUGGAGACAAAGCUUCCUAUCGCCAACCAAAGCAUGUGGAAAAGUUGCAAGGCAAAGCCAUCCACCAAGUGUCAUGUGGUGAUGAUUUCACUGUUUGUGUGACAGAUGAGGGUCAGCUCUAUGCCUUUGGAUCAGAUUAUUAUGGCUGCAUGGGGGUCGACAAGGUCUCUGGCCCUGAAGUGCUGGAGCCCAUGCAGCUGAACUUCUUCCUCAGCAAUCCAGUGGAGCAGGUCUCCUGUGGGGAUAAUCAUGUGCUGGUUCUGACUCGAAACAAGGAAGUCUAUUCUUGGGGCUGUGGGGAGUAUGGACGGCUGGGUUUGGAUUCAGAAGAGGAUUACUAUACACCACAGAGGGUAGAUGUUCCAAAGGCCUUAAUCAUUGUUGCAGUUCAGUGUGGCUGUGAUGGGACCUUUCUGCUCACCCAGUCAGGCAAAGUGCUGGCCUGUGGACUCAAUGAGUUCAACAAACUGGGCCUGAAUCAGUGCAUGUCUGGAAUCAUCAACCAUGAAGCAUACCAUGAAGUUCCCUACACGACCUCCUUCACCUUGGCCAAACAGUUGUCCUUUUACAAAAUCCGUACCAUUGCCCCAGGCAAGACUCACACAGCCGCUAUUGAUGAACGAGGCCGGUUGCUGACUUUUGGCUGUAAUAAGUGUGGACAGCUGGGUGUCGGGAAUUAUAAGAAGCGCCUGGGGAUCAACCUGUUGGGGGGACCCCUUGGUGGGAAGCAGGUGAUCAGGGUCUCCUGUGGCGAUGAGUUCACCAUUGCUGCCACUGAUGAUAAUCACAUUUUUGCCUGGGGAAAUGGUGGCAAUGGCCGCCUGGCAAUGACCCCCACAGAGAGACCACACGGCUCUGAUAUCUGUACCUCAUGGCCUCGACCUAUUUUUGGAUCUCUGCAUCAUGUCCCAGACCUUUCCUGCCGUGGCUGGCACACCAUUCUUAUUGUUGAGAAAGUAUUGAAUUCUAAGACCAUCCGUUCUAAUAGCAGCGGCCUGUCCAUCGGAACUGUGGUUCAGAGUUCCAGCCCAGGAGGCGGUGGAGGUGGUGGUGGCGGUGGCGGCGGCGGCGAAGAGGAAGACAGUCAACAGGAAUCUGAAACUCCAGAUCCAAGUGGAGGCUUCCGAGGAACAAUGGAAGCAGACCGUGGAAUGGAAGGUUUAAUCAGUCCCACAGAGGCCGUGGGGAACAGUUGUGGGGCUAGCAGCUCCUGUCCUGGCUGGCUUCGAAAGGAGCUGGAGAACGCAGAGUUCAUCCCCAUGCCUGACAGCCCAACUCCCCUAAGUGCGGCAUUUUCAGAGUCUGAGAAGGACACCCUGCCCUAUGAAGAGCUACAAGGACUCAAAGUGGCAUCUGAGUUUCCUCCAGAACAUCAGCCCCCCGCAGGAGCCUGGCCUCCCCGGCUGAAUCCUGCAGUACCGUGUGCUGGGAAAGCACUGCCCUCUGCAGCUUGUGCGUGCAGCACUCUGCAGGCGGAGGUUGAGAGGUUGCAAGCUCUGGUGUUAAAGUGUCUGGCUGAGCAACAGAAGCUCCAACAAGAAAACCUCCAGAUUUUCACCCAACUACAAAAGCUGAACAAGAGAUGGGAAGGAGGCCAGCAGGUGGGGACGCAUUCCAAAGGAACUCAGACAGCAAAGGAAGAAGUGGAAAUGGAUCCGAAGCCUGACUUAGAUUCGGAUUCCUGGUGCCUCCUUGGGACAGACUCUUGUCGACCCAGCCUCUAGUCUCCUGAGCCCACAUAGCCCUCAGGAAACUGGGACCCAAGAACUUCACCGCACACUUCCCGAGUGCAGAGAGCAGCUUCCCUGGCUUUCUUCACUUGCAGACACGAGCGAGCGAGCAAGCGAGCGCAGGGCAGAGGAGGCUCCAAAGCUCUCUCCUUGUGCACUUGGAGAGUGGCGGCGUUGCCUUUAGAUAGGGUCUAGGAGUGACGUUGUUGUUUUGGAGAGUGGAAGGGUCCUGUGGCCCUGGCUUUGUCGUCGGUGACUGCCGUAGCAGCAGCAGCAGCAGCUCUGUACCUCAUCUUUUGAUCCCACCUUUGAAGAGGAGACGCAGUACUCACCUGAAUUGUGCUGGGAGCAGCUCGAAUCCCAUGUAUCCCUUUCAUCAUUAAUUGGAAGCUGCCUUGGGAUCUUAGCACCAGGCACUGCACCUCUGGAUGGAGGAAGGAAAAUGUCAAAUCGGAGUGGGCUGUGACCAGGCCUGGCCUGCCCAGGGUCCUCCAGAGAGUGGGAAAGUAUCCAGGAAAUGUACUGGCAGAGUCAGUGUAGAGUUUGUUUCAGGAAGUCCAGUUACUUCAUGCAGCUGAGUGCUUUAUGAGGAAAGCUUAGAUCGCUUUCACUGUGGAGGUUGCUUGAAACAUCAUUGAGGAGCAGAGAAAGGGCAGGUCCCUUGUCACAAUCGCCAAACUUUCAGGCUACACUUAGUACAAGGUGGGAUUUCCCAGCUCUGGAGGAUUCCUCAAGAGAGGAGGUGUCUAAGGGAAUUACACCAGCGGGUAACAGGUGGGGCUGUGGGAGAGAGGCAGCAGGGAAGGAAGGUAACACGUCCUUCUGUGCCUUGCCGUGGUAUCUGAGAGCCUCAGUGGCACGAAAGUCUUCUGCCCCUGUGAAAGCCUCUUUGUACCUCUAGUGUCGUGACCCUUAGGGUCUGACUGGGAUGAGUAGCCCCAGGCACCCCCUUUCUAUGUCUAGUCAGUAUUUUUCCUCUUUGGUGUGUUUUGAAGCCAUAUCAUACCCAGUAAGUCAGUAUCAUCUUUCGUACUUGAGUGGCCGAAAGCCAGCACCAAAUCCUUGGGGUCUCAAAAGCCUGACAGGUCAACCCUGCCAAGUGGGAGGAAAGCCUGACAGGUAGACCCUGCCAAGUGGGAAGGAAGCCUGACAGGUAGACCCUGCCAAGUGGGAGGGAAGUGGCUGCAAGCUCACUUCUGCUGUGCUCUUGUGGAGAGGAGCGAGCUACCCUGUCCAAAGACAGGACGUGUCCUAGAAGAGCUAACCUUCUAGGCAAGCAUUUGAUGGUUUCCCUUAAAUGUGAGCCUUGUGCUUCCACCAAGUCUAAUGAAUUGCUUGUGUUUGGGGCCACAGCAGCUGCUUUGAUAAGUAGUACCACAUCCUCCAUGCUGCAUACAGCUAAAUUAAUAUUGUUCAUUUAACCAAAGCAAAACAAAAAGGUUUGCCGUCUGUUUUAAUAUUGCAGGAGGACCUGCCUGUGCAGGAGAAAUUGUGCCAUUUCCAUAAACCAGUGAUGUACAGGCUGGUGCUGGGAGGAAACCCCAUCUCUGGGGAUGGGCAACUCUGUCCAAUGGGAUCAUUGAUGUCCCACUGUUUUCUCAAUUCUGAGAAGCCUAGUACAAUAGUACUGAUGUAAUCACUGAAGCCUUUUCCCAGAAUAAGGGAAGGCCCAAUCCUGACGUAAGGUCACAAGUUAGGGGGCUGGCCAUUGGCUGUAAACCCUGUCAGAGAGUUUUGGUUCAUCAUGUCAACGCAACUUUGGUUUUCUUCAGGACUGGCUGGCCUUUCGAGGUCCUGUAUCCUUAUGCUUACCAUCUCAGCAGGCCUGAGAGGCGGGGUUUAAGGUCUUCAUUAUGAGCAUUGCUUCUGCUUGGGAGCUGAGGGGCAUGGGCAUGUUGCUGACUGUGGAGAGACAGUGAAUAUUGAGGUGGGCAGGAGCCCAGGGGAGUCAUUCUGUAGCAGAGCAUGGUGGUUGUUUUUUCUAGUAUAUUCCCAUGGGAAGUCCAGGUUUGCUAUUAAUCCAGCUGCGAAUCUAAGUUCUGUGCCUUAGAGAUAAUUUGCACUUUCCAGAAUUGUGCCUAAGACAGCCAUAAGAUUUUUUUUCCCCCACCAAACAGCUAUGCAAACAGAAAAUAGUUCCAAAGUGGCAGCCGUGCACUGGGUUGAGGAAAACAAAAGACAGCAGAAAUGUCUUCAAUGGUUUCCUCUAGCUAAAUCUUGGUCAAUUGUCCUGCUUGUCCUCUAUGCAGUGCUCAGUGUUUGAAGCUUUCCAGUAGUGUUGCUCUGAGUUACAGUAUAGUCUGCGUUGAUCCUCUGUGCCAACAUUUGCUGAAAAGCCAGCUUAUUGUUAGCCAGAUGCUGGAAAGGGUAAGGGUGGAGUGGUGUGGCAUUUCUGUUUUCAAUAAACAUUUAAACUCUCA